AUGGAUCAGGACUCACAGGAUGAAGCAAAGAAUCAAGAGGAUGAAUCUGGUCUGGAAGGAAAAGUUGAGGACCAGGAAGUGGCCAUAUCAGAGGUGCCUGCUGCUGUCCCACAACCUGAACUCAAUGCCACACAACCCCAAGAACACCAACAACAGACCAUUGAAGCAGUCUCUGGAGACGGGUCCACACCCAAUCCAUUUGACGGACUGCCGCCAUCGGUUCGUGAGCUCGUUAUGGCCUGGUACUGGGCCGGCUACUACCAAGGUCUUCAUAAGGGUCGCUCCGAACGGGCAGGUAAUUCGAGCAGCUGA